AUGAUUUUGCGCGUCGCUUUGGAAAUGGCCUCCAGAAAAGCAGCAGGCAUGACUAAAUCGACAUUCGGCGGCUUUGGACCGCGAGGCGCAGGAGCUCCGCUGCGACCCGGCCGCCAUCCGGGUGCAUCGUGGCGCCAUCCAAGGGCCCGCAAAGCGGCCAAGCGCACGGAGAACCUCCGGCGCAAACGCCUGAGAGCCGAGCUGAAAGCCGGCGCUGGUAACGGCGACGCAGAGGACCUGGCGGCUCUGAAGCAACAACUGGCGAAGUUGUGGGAUCGGGAGCCAGACGAGCAGGCAGGUGAGACCGGGCCGAAGCUUCAGCCGUGUGAGCAAGACGACGAGGUAAAUGCCGAGGACAGAACGCAUAAACUUCACAGUGGGUGCUGCCCCGUCCCGGAGGAGACAGGCAAAAACAUGCCAGAGGCAAGGCUGUACCUGUAG